AUGAUCAACAAUCAUUGUUUGGUAAUUUUGCUAACUUUAACAUUGUAUUGGAAGUUAGAUGCUUUUAAAGGUUCAUGUAAAGCUGAAGGAGAAAAAUGCAGUAAAACAUUAUUUUCACCAUGUUGUGCAAAUACUACAUGUCAAUUACAUGGAUUAUUUCGAGGAGUAUGUGUGAAAUGUUUGCCAGAGAAACAUUUUUGCCUAAACAGUGGUGAAUGUUGUACAAAUUCAUGUAGUUGGUUUCGAUGUGUAGAGACAGAUUAGUGUUAAAUUGACUCAUUAAAUUCACCACAGUGCAUGAACAAAUUGUAUACUAGCAAAUUGACUAGUAAUAUACAAAAAAAUAAAUUUUAGAUGCCCAUAAAA